CUCCGUUCUUUCACGUAUCUCCGUUUCUGCGGAAGUGUUAUUCGUCGUCUUCGGAUUCAAAGAAGGGAUUUUUAGCGUGGUACUUGGGAAUGCUGGAUUCACGUCCCAUUCUCACGAAGAGCUUAUCUUCUUCUCUCAUAUAUGCUGCUGCUGACUCCACCUCCCAGAUGAUUACAAUGUCAUCAUCAGAUUCCUUAGAUAUAAUAAGGACGUUGCGAAUGGCCAGCUUUGGGCUAAUUAUUUUGGGACCAGCUCAACAUGUGUGGUUUAACUUUCUGGGAAGGAUAUUGCCAAGACAAGAUGUGGUUACUUCGCUGAAGAAAUUGGUGAUGGGGCAGCUUGUUCUUGGACCAUUUAUUACCGGGACAUUCUUCUCUUUCAAUGCCGGUUUGCAAGGUGAAAGUGGAAACGAGAUUGCUGCAAGAUUGAAGCGUGAUCUGCUGCCAACACUGAUGAAUGGUCUCAUGUUUUGGCCACUAUGUGAUUUCUUGACAUACAAAGCAAUUCCAGUCCAUUUACAGCCACUGAUGAACAGCUCAUUUGCAUAUUUAUGGACCAUUUACCUAACGUACAUGGCAAGUUUGAAGAAAGCAGCUACAGAUUAGUUUGCUCACAAAUCACAAUUCGGAUUUCAAGUCAAAAUGAGGAAUCGGGUGAUUUGCCUUUGUCUGGAUCAGCCUGUGAAUAGAGAUUACCAACAUUUUUUUUUCAAAAAGGGAAAACACAGUUUCUCAAAGUGUAAUACAGACAUUACAGAUUAUCGUUUAGUGCCAGUUAUUUGAUUUCUGCACCUUUACUAUUAGAGUAUUAGUAAUAUGGAGAGAUUUUGCUAUGCUAUGUUCUUUGAUCUCAUUUCAUUUGUUGACUACUCUAUUCAUUUGCAAACCCCUUUAUUGCCCUUCAAACAUUUCUUCUGUGUAACCCUAGUACCAAGCCAUAAUAUACUAAGCUAGUUCUACAGAAUUAGCUUUCUAAUUUGC